AAGCGCCGCGGGGGCGUGAGCGGGGCGGGGCAGGGCCGGAGCGCCGGGCGGGCCGCGCCGGGCCGGGCUGAGGCGCGGGGCUGAGGGGCGGCCCCGCCGGUGAUGCGCGCUCCGCACGGGCUGCCGGCCCGCUGAGGUCGGUGCGAGGAGCCAUGCCGUGCACCUGCGGGAACUGGCGGCGAUGGAUCCGGCCGCUGGUGGUGCUGCUCUACAUCGUGGGGCUGCUGGUGGUGGUGCCGCUGUGCGUGUGGGAGCUGCAGAAGCUGGAGGUUGGAAUUCACACCAAGGCUUGGUUCAUCGCUGGGAUAUUCCUGCUCAUGACUAUACCAAUAUCUCUCUGGGGGAUACUCCAGCACUUAGUCCAUUACACUCAACCUGAAUUACAGAAACCGAUAAUAAGGAUUCUGUGGAUGGUGCCGAUUUACAGUUUAGACAGUUGGAUAGCUCUGAAAUACCCCAAGAUUGCAAUCUACGUGGAUACGUGUCGAGAGUGCUACGAAGCUUAUGUCAUCUAUAACUUCAUGGUUUUCCUUUCAAAUUACUUAACCAACCGCUACCCAAACCUGGUGUUAAUAAUUGAAGCCAAGGAUCAGCAGAGGCACCUGCCCCCUCUCUGUUGCUGUCCCUCGUGGGCUAUGGGAGAGGUUUUAUUAUUUAGAUGUAAACUGGGUGUUUUGCAGUACACUGUUGUCAGACCAUUUACCACCAUUAUUGCUUUAAUUUGUGAACUGGUGGGAGUGUACGAUGAGGGGAACUUCAGCUUCAACAACGCAUGGACCUACCUGGUUAUACUGAACAACAUGUCCCAGCUAUUUGCCAUGUACUGCCUGGUGCUGUUUUACAAAGUGCUGCGUGAGGAGCUGAACCCAAUCCAGCCCGUGGGCAAGUUCCUCUGUGUGAAGAUGGUGGUGUUUGUUUCUUUCUGGCAGGCCGUGCUCAUUGCUCUGCUGGUGAAGGUUGGUGUCAUUUCUGAGAAACACACCUGGGACUGGCAGAGUGUGGAAGCUGUGGCCACAGGCUUACAGGAUUUCAUCAUUUGUGUGGAGAUGUUUCUGGCUGCUAUUGCACACCACUACAGUUUUUCUUACAAACCUUAUGUCCAAGAAGCUGAAGAGGGCUCCUGCUUUGACUCCUUCCUUGCAAUGUGGGAUAUUUCUGAUCUCAGGGCAGAUAUCUCCGAGCAGGUCCGAAAUGUGGGCAGGACAGUUCUGGGCCAGCCAAGGAAGAUGUUUUUUGCCGAGGAUCAUGAACAAAAUGAACACACCAGUUUACUGUCCUCAUCUACCCAAGACCCGAUUUCUGACGCCUCCUCCAUGCCCUCGUCACCCGCGGGUCACUACCAGGGCUUUGGACACACUGUGACCCCUCUCACCACACCCACGGCAGCCCCUGCAGGCGAGGGGGUUUUUAACCCCUGUGCCAGCCAGGAGGAUGAGGGGUCACCUGAGCUGGGGAACAGCUUAGCAGAGAAAGCUUUGGAUCAAAGUUAAAGUCGCCUUCUCUUGAAUGUGUCACACUCUCCACUCGAGUGCUGUGAACUUGUGCUGUAAGGAUGGGAGGUGGAAAGCCUGGGAAAGCUGUGCAUGGACAGGAGGAGGAGAUGGGAUGGCUGUAGCUGGCACCUGAAUCCAGAAUCUGGAAUGGUGUGAGCAUCUCUGAGUGCCCAUGGACGUGAAACACGCACACGGGAAAGGUUUCUGCAGAAAUUUAAGCAUCAUCUCCUUAAACUGCUGAACGCUUACCAUCAUAUCAGAAUUACACUGCAUUUCAUUAGUGCAAAAGAAACGUCUGAAAAUCCUCUGCUCGUAUAAAAAUAAAGUGCAAGCACUUCUAGCCAUGGGAAAGCCUAAUUUCAGGAAUGUAAUUUAAGGAGAGCAGUAGCAAAACCUGUUUGUGUUAACUUUGCCUGUGUCACUGAUGGUUCACCUCCAUUCCCAGUGCUGAGUGGAGUGUGGGUGCAAUGACAGCUCCUGUGCAGCUGCCACCUUCUUCCAUUCCUACACAGCUAAACAAAGCCCUUCAUGAAGAGUUACUACCCAGUUACUACCCAGUUACUACCAAGCAUUAGUGGAGAACCUCGACAGAGCAAACAUUCCCUGCAGGCCUUGCUCUCAGUCCAUGCCCAGGUCAGGUUGGUGUGUCUGUGUUCCUUGGGGCUCACAGUUUGUGAGUCUUGUGUCUGAGAAGAGACAGCCAGGAUGGUAAGUUCUGCAUUAAUGCUUUACCUUUUCUUUUCCCUAUCCUUCUAAAAUAAGAAUAAUGGUUACUACCUUCAGAUACAUGGAGGGGGAAUGAAGGAUAUCGAAAAGGAAGCAGAAAACAAAAUGAUUUCUUUAUUUUGGGCUGCAAUAAGUUCUUUAACACUUAAGGUUUUUUUAAGCUGUUAAAGCAGGAUAUCUUGUGUCUGUAGUAAUUUGUCCCCUUAAAUUUGUGUCUGUGUGUGAUUGUAUUAUGCUUCUAGUAUAGCCUGGAUCCAAAUGUAAAAGCUGUUUUUCCCCCAGACAAGAUCUUUUCUGAGGUAAAACGAUGGAGCUGGUCUAAUACUGGAGUUACCAGGACUAAAUUCCAGCCCCAGAAGCAGUCCAGUCCUCUUGUACCAAAACGUUACUUUGCAAAAACUGACAAUAUCACAGAGGUACUGUUCUUAUCCCUUUAUCAGAUUUUUACUAUUAUUGCAUGUUUGCAAUCUGACAAAAACAACCAAACCAGUAGAGCACUACUUUUUAAACACCAAGAUCUUCAGUUUCUUUUCCAGCCUUGUUAGCAUCUCCAGGAUCAAUGUUUAACUUCUGGCUGUCAGUAAAUUCAUCUUAAGUGCUUUCUUUGCAGUACUAGUGUGAUGUAAAUAUUCCGCCUUACUCACUAGGCUGCAUAUUUUAGAGCUCAGUCUGUACUUGCUGUAUCUGAAGUUAGUGAGAAAGUGAAAAUCAUGAUUUUUCAAUUUGCCAACUCAUUGCCUUUGUUGUAAAUAAGCAAUUAAAGAUUUUAUUUAAACUGUU